AUACAGUAUAUUGCCAAAAGUAUUGGGGUACCUCUCCAAAUCAUUGGAUUCAGGUAUUCCAAUCACCUCCAUGGCCACCUGUGUAUAAAAAUCAAGCACCUAGGUAUGCAGACUGCUUCUACAAACAUUUGUGAAAAAAUGGGUCUCUCUCAGGAGCUCAGUCAACUCAAUUGUGGUACCAUGAUGGGUUGCCACCUGUGCAAUAAGUUAAUCCAUGAAAUUUCCUUGCUACUAAAUAUUCCACAGUCAAUUGUUAGUGGUAUUAUAACAAAGUGAAAUCAACUGGGAACAACAGCAGCUGAACACACCACCACUAGACUCUAGAGCAGUGGAGACGUGUUCUGUAGAGUGAUAAAUCACACUUCUCUGUCUGGCAAUCCAUCCGAUGGACGUGUCUGGGUUUGGUGGUUGCCAGGAAAAUGGUACUUGCCUUACUGCAUUGUGCCAUGAGU